AUGAAAAAAGGACAUAGAAGAUAUAAAUCUGAGUGUCUUAACCAAAACUUUAUCUCAGGUCUAAACGAAACAUUAAAAACCCCAAAAAUCUCAAGGCCGAUUACAAACAUAAAUACAGCUCGAUCUACAUUAGACUGCACUAAUUACGAUAUAUCGGUUAAAACCAGCAAGCAUAUCAAAAUUGAGCAAAAUUCAGGUGAUGAAGUGCCUCCAGAAAUUGCUGCAAAAGUGGUAAAAAAUUAUUUGCUUCCUAUGUUUGAGUAUGAAAAUCGCAAACAAAAUAGACUUUUAAUUAAUAAAACCUUUGGAAUUGAUAAGAGUUUUAACACGACCCAAAGCAAAUUUAAAGCUGAUAAAAACACCACAUAUGGAGAACUAAAAUUAAGUGAAGAACUUUUAAAUGAAAUUAAAAGCCUUAAGUCUCAGCUUAAAACUGCAAAAAAAAAUGAAUCAGAUGCUCUGCAGGAGAAAAUUAAAUAUGAGAGAGAAUAUGAAAGAUUGAAAAGUCUCAAUUUAGACAAUCAAGUUAUUAUAAAAUCGCUAAAUUUUGAGGUAGAAGUCCUGACAAAGCAAAUUCAAGCACAUCAAGCUGAGUUUGGCCUUUCUAUUAUUCAGAUUGAAAAAUAUAAAGACCUUGUAGACAGCUUGGAAUCACAAGUUUACAAGUUAACAAAAGAGCUGCAUGAUGAAAAAGCAAAUAAUGACAAAUAUAAAAAUCUUGCCAUACAGCUUGAAAAUAAUGGACUUGUAGCAGAAAUGGAAUGUGCAAUUAUAGGAGAGCAGCUUAAAGGUCUAUAUUUUGCUAUCAAUAGUCUUGGAAAUAUGAAAUCUAAUGAGUUCGGCUUGUUUGCAGAAUUUGAAUUAUUUACAAGAAACAGCAGAAAACUUGCUGAUUUUAUACUACAAAUAGAAAGGGACAUUCAAUGAGAGCUAAAAGAUAAAGAUCAGUUAAUAAAAGAUUUAAUUGAAAUUAAAGAAGCAAAAGAAUCUCUAGUCACCAAUAGGGAUAAAAUUUAUGUCAAUUUAUAUUGAAUUUAUUAAAAAAUUAAUAAUAAUGAAAAUAACUAUAAAGGUAUAAAAAAUAUAUAUAAAGCCUUUAAAGAAAAAGUCAUCACACUUGAAAAUGAUCUAAAUUCUAAUGUAAAACUCAGAGAAGAACUAAAACAAGAAGUGGAAGAACUCAAAAAGAAAUUAAGCGCACUCACAGAAGAAUACAACAACCUUAAACAGAGGCUUAAACAAUACAGAAGCUCCAGAUCUAACAUCUCCGAUGAGCGGUUCUGCAAAAAUUGUCAAAAACUAUACCUAGAAAGCAAAAAUUUUAAUUGGUCAUGCCGCAUGCAUUCCAGUAUAUAUAGUGGAGAAGUAUAUUGAUGCUGUGGGAAUACAAAUAAAGACUCUUUAGGCUGUAUCUCAACAAAACAUGUAUCUAAAGAUGAUGUAAAUGAAGAAGAACAUAAGCUAAAUUUUAUUAGAUGCUCUGUAAUUUUUAUAUAGAGUUGUAAAGACUAUGGACAUUCUGUGCAUGAAUGUCCGAGAGACCCAAAUGCGAGGACUGUUGAAGUGCCUGAAGAAGAGCUUACAAGAAUUAUAGAAAUUUCUCAAAAUAAAAGAAAAAUGAACCCUGGGCUGAUGAUUGAUUGUAAAACAAAAAAACUGCUAAAAGAUAAACAGUUUGAGGAAAGUCCGGCUUGGUCAGUUGGUGAUGAUAAUAAAAAAGAGAUAGCAUUUCAUGAUGUACAAGAAGUGAGGGAGCAAGUGUCGUUUACGUCUGAGACUAAUAGGGUGCAGUUUGAGGAAGUAGAACUUAAAGAAAAAUCGCCUACAAGGCUUUCUAUACUUGCGUCGGCUAUUGCAAAGUCAAAACAAAGUUCAGUUUUAAUUGUGCCGAUGAGAGUGAAAACAGAAAAGAAAAGUUUUACUAACUUUUUUAUAUAAUUAAUUUUUUUUUUAUCAACUAAUAACAUUUUUAAAAGAAUUUAUGUUUAUUUUUAAAAAUAAAGGUUAGCCUAAUUCAAGAUGCUGCAAAAAUUAGAAGGCAUUCAACUGUUCCCGAAAUGCCAAUAAGCCCAACAUCUUCUUAA